GCUGGGGCCCGGGAGCUACUAUCGAGCGGGUCCCGCACGCUCCCGCGCCGCCUGUUUCCGACCUCGCCAUGGUCCGCCUGCCCCUGCAGUGUCUCCUCUUGGGCUGCUGGUUCACCGCCGUCCACCCAGAACCACCUGCAUGCAGUGAAAACCAAUACCCCAUAGAAAGUCAGUGCUGUAAUCUGUGCCCGCCAGGACAGAAACUGGUGAAUGACUGCACAGCGGUGACCGACACGGAAUGUGUUCCUUGCAGUGAAGGCGAAUUCCUGGGGACCUGGAGCAAUGAGAGGCGCUGCCAUACGCACAGAUACUGCGACCCCAACCUAAAACUCCGGGUCCAGAGUAAAGGCACUUUGGAAACAGACACGACUUGCACGUGUGACGAAGGCCUACACUGUGUCGACGAGGUCUGUGAAAACUGCGCCCCACACAGCUCUUGCCCCCCUGGCUUUGGGGUCAAGGAGAUCGCGACAGGGGUUUCUGACACCAUCUGCGAACCCUGCCUGGUCGGCUUCUUCUCCAAUGUGUCAUCUGCUUAUGACAAGUGUCAUCCUUGGACGAGACCAUUCCUCCUCCUCCUCCUCGGACCAUGUUGGACCUGCUCUUCUAUAUCUAGACUCCUUCAUUGGCCUCCUGGCUGGCCACUUCUCUGCGAUUUCUCCUCCUGUGAGCUCUCUGGCCAGCUGAGUCCUCCCACGACUUACUGGGAAUCUGUCAAAGGCCUGGUGGAGCUACGGGCAGGGACUAACAAGACUGAUGCUGUCUGUGGUAUCAAGCAUCGGAAGAGAGCCCUGGUGGUGAUCCCCAUCGUCGCAGCCCUCCUGUUGGCUCUGCUGUUGGUGCCUGUGUAUUUCUGGAAGUUGCCCAAGGUAAACUGCAAGACCUCCUGCCCUGAGAACCCCGGGAAGGCCAAGGAGGAUCCCCAGGAGAUGGAGGACUUUCUUGACCCCGGCUCCACCGCUCCCGUGCAGGAGACCUUACACUGGUGCCAGCCCGUGGUGCAGGAGGAUGGCAAAGAGAGCCGCAUCUCGGUGCAGGAGAGACAGUGAGGCUGUGUGUGCCGGGAGCAUGGCAGUGUGGACAAAUGUGCACGUGGCCGCGGCGCCUGGAGCUGCAGCUGCGACAUGAGGGCGAGGGGCUGGCGCUAGGCACAGCCCCCCUCUGCCUGCACCCCUGCGGCUCAGAAACAGUUCACUCAGGGGAACCUCCUACUCCAGCCUGGAGCCCAUUCAGCCUCCCAACUUGCUUUUAAAGAUGGAGGCAAGACUUUUUUUGGGGGGUGGGGUGGGGGGCGGGGGCAUAUAGUAACAUCAUCAAACCCUCCAGCCCAGCCGUUCAGUGCCCACGUGGUUUCUAUGAGCCCAGGGGGACAUCUACAUGAAUAUCAUUGCAGUGUCGUUUGUGACAGGGGACAACUGGAAGCAACUUAACUGUCCAUCAACAGGGGACUGGCUAAAUAAAAUGAUAAUAUAUUUAUGUAA